UUCGCGUUCCAAGGGAUCCAUUUUGUGAGAAUACCGGUUCGAUUAAUAAGAGGUAUAGUAACUGAAAGCAGUAAAAUGAAUGGAAUUGUAAGAAGCACGUUACGUUCGUCCGUAAUCAGGAAUCUUUUUUCGUCUACUUCGAGCACUGGAACCGCAAAUAAUCAAUUAAGAACACUAUGGAACGUUGGUUUUCAACAAGCCCAAAUUGCACCUAUCGUUUCAGUAAAAACGUUUAAGCACCAAAAUAUUCUUUGUAAUUGCGGUUGUUGCCGGAGUGGUCACACCAAAGCUGAGAAGGAGCUUGUAGAAUUUCUAGCAGAAGAAAUCAUAGCAGAAAAGAAAGCACAAAAAUUGAAAACUAUUCCUACUGAAUUAGAUGGUUUUAAAGUAUCUCUUGACGGUGCAGAUGUUACUUUAGAGAAAAAACAGGACAAUGAAACGAUUAAAAUUUCAUUCAACAUAAACCAUACAGUUGAUGCUGAUGCUCAACCUGAAGUGGAAAUGACCAAUGACAAUCCAGACAUUGGUGACAUGAAAAGUAAACCAUCCUUCACAGUAGAUGUUUUGAGGGGAAACCAAACUCUUGGAUUCACCUGUUCAUUUAAUAGCGAACCUGGUGCAUCAGGUGCUAACGAAAGCUUUGAUGAUAUCUUUGGCAUCGAUGAAAUUACUUUGUAUACAGGAGAGAAUUCUGAUAAAGUAUAUGCUGUUGCUGGUGAAAUUAUUGAUGGGUAUCUGUAUGAUUUGCUGAUGAAUUACCUAGAAGAAAAAGGUGUUUCAAAUGAGUUUGCAGAAAAGUUGGUUGAACUCAGUACAAGUUAUGAACAUACAGCAUAUGUUAGUUUGUUAGAAGGCCUUUCAAAAUUCACAUCUAAACAAUAA